UAAGCAAAGACAUGGAAACAGAAAUUCUUAGAAUCAUUCCUCUUGGUGCAGGUAAAGAAGUAGGAAGAAGCUGAGUCCUUCUUGUCUAUAGAGGCAAGAGAAUAUUAUUUGAUUGUGGGCUUCAUCCUGCUCAUCAUGGAAUAUAUGGGCUACCAUACUUUGACUUUAUCGAGCCAGAGGAUAUUGACAUCUUAUUAGUGACCCAUUUUCAUAUCGAUCAUUGUGGAGCUUUACCUUACUUUUUGGCAAGGACGAAUUUUAAAGGAAAAGUGAUCAUGACACAUCCUACUAAAGCCAUUUAUAACUAUGUGCUUCAGGAUUUCAUAAGAAUCUGCAAUGUAGGAGAAAUUGACAUUCUGUUUGAUGAGAGUGACCUCAGUGACUCAAUGGACAAGAUAAUUCCUAUCAGGUUCCAUGAAGAAUUAGAAUUUGACGACGUAAAGAUCCAAGCCUACAUUGCAGGCCAUGUCCUUGGAGCAGCCAUGUUCUUAGUAGAUAUUGGAGGGGUCAAGAUUCUUUAUACUGGUGAUUACUCCACAGAAGAAGAUAGACACUUAAAACCAGCUGAAAUUCCAAAGUGAAAUGUUGAUAUCCUCAUUGUUGAAUCAACCUAUGGAAUAAGGCUCCAUGAGCCAAGAGAUUUGAGAGAGGAAAAAUUCAAAUCCAGAGUACAUGACAUCAUUAAAUAAAGGAGGGAGGUGACUACUUCCAUGAUUUGCGUUAGGAAAGGCUCAGGAGCUUCUUCUGAUCCUCAACGAGUACUGGAAGGAACAUGAGGAGCUAAAAGACGUUCCAAUUUAUUAUACAGGUCUACUUGCUACAAAAAGUCUCAAUGUAUUCCAGACUUAUAGAAAUAUGAUGAGAGAAGAUACAAAAGAGAAGAUCGAACAAGGAGAAAAUCCAUUCCACUUUGAAGAUAGUCAAGAUUAUAUGGAAAAGAAGCCAUUAGUCAUUAUUGCUACACCUGGGAUGCUUCAAAGCGGCCUCUCAAGAUAUCUCUUUGAAGAAUGGUGCGAAGAUGAGAAUAGUGGGGUAAUUUUUACGGGAUAUAGUGUUGAAGGGACUCUAGCACAACAAAUUAUGAACCAGCCAAAUGAGAUCCAAAUUAGCCAUAAACAUAAAACACUGAAAUUAAAAAUGGAUGUAGCAGUCAUCGAUUUUUCUGCUCAUUGUGACUUUAAACAAACCUCCCAUUUUAUCAGAAAAAUUAAGCCUGCUAAUAUUGUGCUCGUGCAUGGUGGGCAAAAUGAAAUGGCAAAGCUAAAAUAAAGCACUAGAACUAGAACACAAGAACCAGAUAAAUGUACACUGUCCUCAAAACUGCCAAUCACUUAUUUUUACAUUUUUCACUGAAAAAUCUGCAAAAGUUGUUGGAAAAGCCAAAAGAAAUUUAGAUAAUUUCUUGACUCAUUCAGAUUAUCUGGCACUUGGCAAAGGUAUGCCCAACAACAUCCCUCAUAAUUUGAGUGAGGACUGAGGUCUAAUAAAAUUCAGUCAAGAAGAUUCUCCUUCAAGCGAGAGAUUAAAAAUAGACAACACUAUUUCUGAACUAGACUACCAAGAUAGACAUCCUGAAGAAACAAAACUUGAGAUUGAGCAAGAAGAAGCAAUUAUAAAGGAAUAUGAUGACAAUAUGGUAUCAAUAGAGGGUCUCUUUGUUGAAAGCCAGUUUGAUAACAUGAUCAUCAAUGAAACCGAGAUCCAGGAUUUUGCCUCUCUUUCUAGACACAAAGUAUCUCAACAACUGGUCAUGCCGUUCGAAUAUGACCCAGGAUUCUUCAUUAAAGCAGCGGAAGAUCUUUUUGACAAAGUUCAAGUGGUUAGUGGGAAUACUGAGGAUUUAGUCAAUGAUAUCAAUCUCAAAAUUGAAGAUAUAGACUUAGUUUAUAGAAAAUAGAUCAGCAAGCUUUGAGCUAAAAUGGGACAGCAGUGCUAAAUCCGAUCUUCUUGCUGAUGCAAUUGCUUUAUUAAUCAUCCAAUUAGCAAAUAAUCCUCCAGCAAGUAUGGUUUACAAUAUGACAAAUCAUUGUAAGGAAAAGCAACUCGAAAAACUCCAAUUUGAAGCAUUUAAAAAAGUUCUAAGGGAGCAUUGAGAAGAGAUCAGCAUUGUAGAAGAUAAUAUGAUUGAAAUAUUCGACUCGUCUCAAGAACUGGUAGCUAAGGUAGAUUAUAACGCUAAGGAAGUUAUAUCCUGAGACGAGUCUAUCAAAGAGCAUCUGAAGGCUCUUUUAGAUAUCCAUAACCACUCAUGCUCCCCUAAGAAUGAUUGUUAACCCAUUGAUCAAUAUUA